AUGGACUUCAUCGUAAAAAUUGGUAUUGAUGGUCAUUAGUUCCUAUUGACUCUAACACCUGAAAAUAAACGGUUACAAUAUCUAUAAGAAUAAAUUUAAAAUGAAACAAAAGUAGAAGUGAAGAAUUAAUUACUUCUUACAAAGAAAGGAGUAAGACUGGAAGAUUUAAAUUAAUUUGAUGUAGAUUAAUAAUUGCAAUAAACUGUUUAAUAAUUUCCAGACGAAUAAAAAUUUUAUGUAAUAAACUCUAUAAUAUUGGAAUAGACAAUUUAUUUAUUCGAUCUAAGUGAAAAUCCAGAACAAGUUUCUUUUCCAUUCCCUAAAUAUGAGCCUAAAAUGGACUUAAAAUAGUUGUUACUAUCAGAAUAAGCAAAAGAAACAUUAAUAAAUUUGAACACAAACAUUCUCAAUCAUGAGAAAAUAUUUUUUUAGCAUUUACAAAACUUAAAGAAUAAAUAUAUACCUUAUUAAUAGAAAGUUAAACAAUUAGAAAAAAUUGGAUAAGACUUGGAAAAUCAAAUAUAGUCAUUUGAUAUUGUAUUAAAAAUGAGUAGGACUACAUAUAAGAUAACAAAGGCUAAGAAAGAGGAGCUGACAAAAAAAUAAAAAGAAUCAUUAGAAAGAAAUCUAUAAACAGUUAAAAAAUUUGAUGACAGUUUGGAGUAGUUAAAAAAAAUAGAAUUACAUACUGCUUUGCAAACGAAUUCAUAAAAAUAUUUAAGUGACAUCUAUUAUAAACCAGAAUCCAUGUUGAAAUGGAAAAAUAGUUGUUUGAAUACUUAAUAAAAUUUAAAAUAGAAAAUUGACAAAUUGAGUCAAUCAAUAUCCAAAUCUAAAUAGAAGAUUAAAAACGAAAAAACAGAAAACAUGACUCAAUGCUUAUCGAGUUAUAAAGCAAAUUAACAAUAAUAUUAAUAAUUCAUCCAAGAAAAUAAAUCACUAUUAUAAUCAGUGGUCUAAUCCACUAUCGAUGAAUACAAUACCUUAAGACAAUAUAUGAUUGAUUUUUCCUAGGACAUUAAUGAUGAACCAGCAAUGUACUAUUUAUCUUAGUUUGAAUUAUCUUAAGAACAACUAAAAUAAUUUGAAGAUGCUGUUAUUCAUUUAGGAGAUCAUUUAGAGAAAACAAAAUAAGUAUUUAUGUAAUUCAACCAAUUAAAAUAAUAAAAUAUGUCUAAGAUUUUGAAAGUUUUUUAAAACUUAAGAGCUCUUGACAAAGAAUUUGAGUAACAUAAUGAAAAAAUCAAACAAUAUGAUGAAGAGGUGGAGAAAAUGGAGAAAGAUUUUUCAUAUCUUUUAAAUCCUGUUUUAUUACCAUAGGCUUAUUAAUAGGCAUUAAUAGAAACUAGUAGAAGGAAAGAAUUUAGAGAUAUUUUUGAUAAGAAAAUUAAAUCUUUAAUGUCCUUGAUAGAUCAAGAAAAGGAAAAAAGGAAGAAAUUUUUGUAAUAAUAUGGUAGAAUUUUGCCUUAAGAUUUUAUUGGCCAAUUAAAAAAUUUAACUCCAUCAAUUCAAAUCAUAAAUGCUUUUGUAGAUGCUGAAUUACCAAAUAUAACUGGUUUACACACAGAUACUAUUAAGAAACGAUAGGAUAAUGAUCAGGAUUAACUAAAAUAAUAGAUAGAGGAUUUAAAUCAGCAAUGCAAGCAAACUCAUCUGUUCUAUUAAGAGAAAACUACUAAAAAGUCUUCCACUUAUAUAGAAUUACUCUAAUUGACAGCAAAGAAUUCUAUGAAAAUGUUUAUUUAAAGAGCUGAAAACAAACCACUAUCAUCAAUAGAUGUCAAUUCAGAUAAAUCUUAAAGAGAAAAUGAUUCAAAACUUAUAAACUUGAAAAAUGAAUAUAGCGAACAAUUAAAUACCUAAAAACAAGAAUAUGAGAAGUUGAAAAUUAAAUUUUAAAAGCAGGAAUAAGAUUUUGAAUCAAAAUUAGUGGAAAUCGAUACUAAAAAUAGUUUAAUUGCAGAACUUUAAUAAAAAUUAGAAUCUAUAUAAAAUAACACUGUUAAAUUAAAGGAUGAUUUAAAUAAAUUUGUCAGUAAAUGUGAGAAUUUGGAAAUUAAUCUAAUAUAGAAGAAUGGUGAAAUAUCUAAAUUACAGUAAUUGUAAAAAUAACUCAAUGAUUAAUUAACAUAAUCUAAAUAAAUUUAGCAAGAUCUACUCAAGCAUAAAUAAUCAUUCUAAUAAUAAUAUGAGAAUCAGAAUGAUUAAAUAAAUGAAUUGGAUUUAUUGAAUAAAUAAUAUUUACAAUAAGUGUAGGAUUACUACUCUUAAGUAGAAACAGUCUAAAAUGAAAAUGAAAAGUUGAGAUAGAAAAUUAAGAUUGUGGAAUUGGAAAGAGAUAAUAAAUAAAUUGAAUUGGAAAAAUAGAUUUAAGUCUAUAAUGAAUUGUUAGAAGAUUAUAUAGAAAAGAAUUCCAGAUUUGAAAAUUUGAAUGAAGAAUAAGUAAAGAAAUCUUAAAAGGACUAAAAAUUAGAGGAGGCUUGCAGGUCACUUUAAAAUAAAAUAGAUAAUUUAGAUUUAGCUCUUUAAUAAAAGAAUAAUGAAAUAAUCUCAUUGAAAAAUCAAGACUAAUUACAAUUAUUGAAAUAACAGGAUGAUUUUAACUAAAUAUAAUUACAAUACGAUGAUAGAAUUAACUGUUUAACUUAGGAGAAUUUAGAGAUGACAGUCUAAAUUUAAUCUUUAAAGGGUUAAAUUGAAUAUUUAAAUUAAAAAUAGAAAUCUGACAAUAUUAUUGAAGUACAAUAAAAACUCAAAUUAUCUGAUCCUUAAUUUUAAUUUGAUUUGUCAAGUAUUUAAAUAGGCAAAUAGAGCAUAUUCAUACCAGCUUAAAAUGAUAUUUAUGUUCCAUUAAUAUUAAAGAACAUCUAGGUUUCAAAUAUUUCAGAUGACUCCUUAUCAAAUACGAGCAUAGAUACAUCAAUCAAAUAAUAUAGAGUUUAAUUAGCAUCAAUCCCAUAGACAUUAAGAGAAUUCAUUAUUGAUACUGGAUUACUGUUCAUAUCAGAGGUUAGUAACAUCAUAGAAACAGAAGAGUACUUUUAGAUUAGUGUGAAACAACCAAAUUAUAUUAUUGGAUUUGAAGGUUAGGACAACUAGAUCAAAAGUUUUACUCUUUGA